AUGUCGGCGCUCCUCGUGUCAACGACCGUGGUCAGCCCCAUCUAUCGCAUGCUCAACGCGGAGGACACGGAUGAGAGAGAUCGAAUGACGGAGCGAUGGAAGGACAACAAACUUCAAGAGCUCAAUUUCAUCGGUAUUGUAGGCGGUCUGAUGGCCACCGUCAUGACAGCGACCGGUGACUGGCCUCAAGUCUUUCGCACCGAGGAGAACACCAAACCAUGGGCCGUCAGAGCUUGCUGGUUUUGCGGUUUGACCUUGGCCCUCGCUUCGGUCCUGACAUCCGCCUCACAGUCCAUCCGACUGCACCGCCUCUCCUGCCGAACCGAUGCCAAUGCUGCCAUCCGUGCUUUGCUCAGCUCCACGAAGCGAGGGAAGAACGGCGAAAUACUCCCGCGGCCAACCCACAUCUACUUGUGGCAGAUGGGUGCAGUGUACCUCAUGAUCAGCGUUAUGAUCCUGAUCGCUGGUAUCUUCGUGCUGCUGUGGACUGCUGCUCAGGGCGAGGACGAAGGGCAGGGCAAGCUGGCUAUUGCUUUUACAGCGGUCACUUGCACGGUCGGUGGAAUCUUCGUAUAUGAGCAGUACACUCUGUUCACAUGGGACACUGAGCCGCCAGCGGGGUCUAACUGA